AUGUUGAAGCAGAUUCAGACCUGUAUUGCUGUUGUGACAAGACCUAUAGCUGAGAAACUAUCCAACCUUGGAAGGUUCACAAUUCCAUGCACCAUAGGUAGCUAUGCAUUCACCAAAACAUUGUGUGAUUUGGGGGCGAGUAUAAAUCUGAUGCCAUUGUCUAUCUAUAAAAAGUUAGGCAUUGGAAGCGAAAAUCCCACAUCUAUGUUACUACAGCUAGCUGACCGAACAGUGAAAAGACCAUCAGGUAUACUUGACGAUGUACUUGUGCAAGUUGGAAAGUUACUGUUUCUGGCAGAUUUUGUCAUUCUAGACUGUCAGGUUGAUGGGGAGAUUCCCAUAAUUUUGGGAAGGCCGUUGCUGGCCAUAGGAAAAGCUAUGAUUGAUUGUGAAAUUGGAGAGCUGAAGAUGAGGCUAAAUAAUGAAGAAAUAACAUUUAAUGUGCAAAAGUCUAUGCGCGACCCUUGUGAGUUUGCAAAUUGCUCUUUAAUAGAAGCUGUGGAUGUGAUCAUGGAGGAAGAUGAUGAGGCACUUAAUGCAAAAGACCCUCUAUCAGCCUACCUCAUGAACUUAGAAAAGGUAAAUGGUGAGGACUUGGCGGAGUGGGUGUUGGCUCUUGAAGGCCAAGGGUACUGA